AAUAUUUAAGUUGAAUAUUUAGGUGGCUAGCUAAAUAUUUAGCUAACUAAAUAUUUAGCUAGCUAAAUAUACAUAGCCUGUGUAUUGGUUACAUGCCUGCUACUUACUUGUACAUAUGCUAGUGUGUAUUGUUUAUGCACCUGGUACUAGCUGAUGCAUACUCUAAUGUGUAUUAGGUGCAUGGUUCUUGGCUGGUAACCAUGUACAGAAAGUCAUGGGUACCUACCUUGUACAUAAAGCAGGUGUGUAACUUAGUAGCAACAUUAACUAAAGGUCUCAGGUGCCUUGUUCUCAGAGACAAAWGCAAAUAAAUCCCGAGUAUUUAGUUUAACAUCCCUUACAGGAAACAAACGUACUAAUACACAGAUAAAAGAGGUCAUUGUAUCAGUCUGUUCUUUGGGUAUUUCUUGUCUGCAGCUGCUUCUCACAACAWCUCAUCCAUCCUGUGUGACCUAAAUGUUGAAACGAGCUGCACUGAAUGUGUUUUCCUCCAGGAGACCUUAGAAAAGCAGCGAGAGUCUCUAAAGGAGCAGAGAGAAGCAGUGAAACACAGAUUAAAGAAACUCGCAGCUCGGCAGUCAGAAAUAACAUGAUGUGUUCUGGACUCAGAAACAAUCCUCAGUGAUAAAAGAGAGCAUUGUACAGAAGUACCAGGAGAUCCAGGUCAUUCUGGAGGAGGACCUGAGAACUACUUUGUCCCACCUGGAGGUGGAGGAGCGGGCUGCCGUCUCGGCCUUGGACGGACUCAUGGACAGGAGCUGUUCUCUGAUCCAGGAAAUAGAGCAGGACCUGGCCAGGCUCUCGMUGGUACUGAGCCAGACCGACGCUGAGCCGAACACAACGCCUUUCUUCACACCGUCUGUGAGGGACGGCAUGGACUCAGUGGACAGAGUGAUGGAGCUGCUGAACCAGUCAGACCCGAGCAYCGUGAGCCUGGAUGAAGCUAAAACCGAUCAGAUCCUGAGCCUCACCACCGGCCUGCUGCUGCURGUCUCCUCGCAGACCCCUUUAAUCAAGAAGCUCCUGCAGAGCUAUUCCAGCGAGGUUCACCUGGAUCCGGAGACGGCCCACCCAAAGCUGAUUAUCUCUCCUAAAGGUGACAGCGCUGCCUACACGGACACCUGGCAGCAGCUUCCUGAUCUACCCGAACGCUUCGACACCACGCUCAACGUCAUCAGCCUACAAGGCUUCAUCUGCGGACGCCAUUACUGGGAGAUGGACGUGACCGGGAAGACCUACUGGGAGCUCGGCYUCACUUACCCCUCCAUUCCUCGCAGGGGCACGUCAGAAGCCUGCUGGCUGGGCCGGGGCCCCGAGUCCUGGUGCGUGGAGUUCUUUGACGGGGAGUACACAGCCUGGCACGGAGGGGUGCCUCACCAGCUGCCCUUCACCAAACAUUUCUCUCGGAUUGGCAUUUUGUGUAGUUUCCCUGCAGGGUUGGUGACUUUCCUUGAGGCAGAGAAAAUGACGCCUCUGUUUUCUUUCAGCGCCGGAGUCUUCUCGGAGUGRCUCCACCUGGCCGUGUGUCCGGGUCACCACCAAAGUGGCCGGAAUUCAAGUCCCAUUGUCAUCCUCAAUGCUUCGUCUCCUCCCAGUGACCUCUAGCUGCUCAAACGAGUUUUACGCAAUAAAAGUCACGGAGAGAGUCACAGGGAACAUCCAGGGAACAUCAGGAAAACCCUGAUGAUCAGUAGGACCUUUAGACGCUGAAUCUUUUGUCCAUCAAAAUCAACAUCAUGAGACAAACCUACCACCUCCAUCCCACAGAGAAGCAUGGUGGUGGCAGCAUCAUGAUCGGGGGAUGGUUUGAAUCUAGAGAGGAACUUGAAGCACACAGCUGAAGCAACAUGUUGGUUUACGUUGAACCAAUUAAAGGUCCUGGAAUGGUCUAAUGAAAGACCAGACCUCUGUUUCUGGUUCGGUUCGAUUCGAUUCAACUCAAUUCAGUUCAAUUAAUUUACAUGGCGCCAAGUCACAACAAAUGUCGUCUCAAGGCAC